AUCUCUUUUAACUUCUUUCUAGGUUUCAUUGAGAACACUUGUUACUCCACUUUAUUUUGGAUGAAGCUGGAUAAAUCCUUUCUUCAGGGAAAGUUCUUCAUGGUAGACAUAAUUGAUCCCUCCGGUGCCACAGUUCCAUUAAGUGAGGAGAUGGCAGCUCGCUGUGGCUAUGUCCUGUCUGAGGAUAUAUGGGGUAAUCCUAUCUUCCGGGCUUCUGUGCUUGGCUGUCAUGUGACAAAUGAGGUCGAUGAAAGGUUUUCUCUUAAAGUGAACAUCAAAGUGUCCUCAACUGAAGACAUGAGGGCAGCUACAACAUACAGAAACUCCAUGCACUGCUCCUAUUCUCCAUGGGCUCCACGGGAAAUUGUGUGUGAAGAGAACUACAUGGAAGUGUCUGUGAAGAGUGACGUCCCUGUGAUUUCAGAUAAGGAGACUACCGAAUGGAUAUCAGCACUGCCAGAGGCACAAAAGGUUGUAUAUCACAAAUGGCAGCUGAUAUUUUAUACUCCUUCAGGGAGAAAGACAACUGUGGUGAGUGAUGCCGAUAAGCUAGGCUAUGGUUUCAAUAACACACUAGCAAGAGUGUUCCUCCGCUCUCCCUAUUCAACGAAUGAAGCUGACUUCUCAUUGGUUAACGGAGUCACUAUGAGUACCGUCAGCUCUACUUCUAUGUACAAGCAACGGUGGCUGCUUCUGUUGAUUGACACUACUGUUUCAUGCCCAGUAGAUGGUACUAGUUUCACAGAUGAUGCCCUAACAUGGACUGUUCCAAGUAUUAUCCCGAAACUGGUUCUGCAGGAACCCGCUUUUGCAUCCCAUAACGUAUCAAUGGGAGUUAAUGGGCAAAUCAUACAGAACCCUGAGAAACUCGGCUAUACACUGGAACGCAAUGUUUCUCACAUUUGGAUAACUAUCCCAAUUGGCGCAUCAGGAGGAAGACUUGAGAGCACAGUGUCCAAUGGAGUCUAUGGGAUGAUAUAUAGUAUUAACUUAUUGUUGGAACAUACCUGGACAGAUACAGACUCACACCUGACGAAGUAUACUGUCAUUAAGCCAAUCACUACACCCUUCAUGUCUCAGAUGCCAACAGUAGUCAACAACACAGUUCCAGAUUCUCGACUAUUUGAUGUGGCCUUUGGGAUUUUCCUUCCCGAUGUCACUCUAGUAGCACUUACAAUAGAUGGUAAACCAUUGUCUCCAGAGGAAGCAAAGCAAAAGGGCUACAAGGUCAAUGAAAGUCAUUUCCCUAAUGGAACAAAGAGUUUUAAUUUGGAAGUACCAUUUGAUGAUCCCAGUGUGUUAAAGGAGUAUGUGAAUAGAAAUGAGACUAGAUAUAACCUCCUCGUGAACUACACUUUGAGCAUGGGUCCGAAGAGGAUGCCCUAUCACCAUUUUGCAGACAUAGAAUGUGCAGUUGCAGAUGUUGAAUUGCCAAAAGGAGUUGGGUACUGUGACGAAGAGAAUAUGUAUUUAGCUAUUUCAGUUUCAGGCCUAUACCAACACUGGAGCCUAUAUGUUGACAAUAAUCCUCUGAAUCAGGCUACUGCCCUCUCAAAUGGAUAUCGGAUCACCACAAACAAUACUCAUCUAGUGUUGCAAGUGCCUCUUUUUGCUGCUGGGAUUACCUAUGAGGUGGUCUCUCUUGAAAGAAUUCAAGCUCGAUUUGACCUUGCUCUGAAGAAAACCAAAACUAUGGAAACCUUGGAUAUCUUCUCUGUUCGAUGCAGUUAUCACUCCUCAGAAUUUAUAGUCUGUUACCCUAAUGGAACCAUAGCUGUAUCUGCUUUCAUGAAGACUGUUCCACCCAUUAACAUGGGCAAAACAAGACUGAAGGAUAUUGCCUGCAAGCCUAAAGACAGUAACAAGGAACAAGCCUUUUUUCAGUUCCAUGUUUCUAGUUGUGGGACUUCACUGAGGUUUGAAGGUGAUCAUCUAAUUUAUGAAAAUGAAAUAUCCUUUGAAAAAGAGAUUCUCCCAAUGCAAGGAUCACCAAUGAUCACAAGAGAUCCAGAAUUCAGACUAACCAUCCUGUGCUACUACCCUACCAAAGAGACACUCAUGCAAAACGCUUUGUUUGAUGGCUCCUUGCCUUCUAGCACAUAUUCUCCUUUUGGAUAUGGUACCAUGACGGUUAGGUCCAACAAUGCAGGCUCUAGAAGAACAAGACAAGUUCUGAAUGUUCUCUUAAAUGUCUUCAAAGAUAAAUCCUUCACAGAACGUUAUGAGCUGCAUUCAACGGUUGUAAAGUAUUCAUGGGAACCCAUAUUUAUUGAAGUUGAACUACAAAACGAGGCUCCUGAUGUUUGGCUAUAUUUGGAAAACUGCUGGAUAUCGGAGUCAAAAGAAUUCAUCGGCACACCUCAGUGGAACUUUAUUGUGGAUGGGCAAGUAGUUGGAGCUGUUAUAUCACCUUUGUCAAGAUGGAGAAAGUUGUUCAUCAAAUGACAUUAAUCUCUCCCAAACAGGUGUAAGAAGAAAAACAAUUGGUCUGUGUUGGACUUCUAUCCAGUAGUUAAAACUGACAGAGUGAAACAUCCCAAUCACUUCAAGAGAGUGGGAAUACAGAUGCUGACUUCUCUAAGGGAGGUCUACUUCCACUGCACAGUGGCCACCAGCAUUUGCCUUCAUCCUCCUGACGAUGCUGUUUCCUGCAGAGAGCAAUGCCCUUCCCAGGGGAGGCCUGAUUGGCGUUCUGAGUCCCAUCCUAUCCUCCAUGGUUAUGUCAUGACUGGGCCAGUCUUCUUUAUUCAUAUAUGAAAAAAGGAGUUAGGCCUGCAAAAAAAAUCAGAUGAAGCUGUACCAUCCAAAUUAACAAGCCCCUGGCUUCAUUGCUUUAAGCUGGAAAAGCUUAAAAAUGGACAUUUCUAUACUUAAACUGCCUGUGUCAAAAGCUUCAAAAAUUAAAAAAUGGGAAAUGCAAA